UCCCGACCGAGUGCCAGUACUUGCGCACAUGUUGUGUAGAGAAGGCGGUAUCCUACCGAACGCUCUCGCAAAAUAAAAUAACAAAGAGUCUGUGUAUACAAUAGAAAGCAAACAAAAAACGCAUCCGGUGGAAAUAUUGAUAGGUGUUAAAAUUCACAGAUCGGAAUGCGGAGAUAAAUCUGUUCAGUGUUAUUCUCAGCUGAUACAGUUCGGGUAUAUUCGCGUGUAUUUCCAGAGCCAAACCAAUCGAACAAGUGGUCGGAAACGCUACGAUGAUGAUGGAUAAUUUGGAUUCGAAAAUAACGUUCGAGAUACCAACUCACCUGGAUUUAGACAAAUUGAUAAGGGGAAACAAUUACUCGAUAUUUUGGCAGAAUCUUCAACAGCAGCAAAAUGCUGCGGUCAGAGCAGCCGGUAUGGGAUCCAUGGGCUCGACUGGUGAAUCAAUGUUUGGUGAUUACAAUUCGAGUGAUUUAACCCUUUUGAGUAAUUUACAAAACUUCGCCAGUCGCAGUGGUCAUGUGGGACUAGGCGAUGGUAGUGAACAGCUGCUGGAUCCAACAUACGAACGGUUCAUUGGAGACGUGUGGGUUGGGAUUGUGCUGACGCUGAUGAUACUGUCGUCGAUUUUCUGCAUGUGUUCCUGUUUCCUUUAUCACAAAUUUCGACAAUGGCAGCGCAGUGUGCUAAUCGCCCGCUCCCAGACACUUUCUACGUUGAACGUUGAGACGCCUCCCCCGUAUGACGUGGAAUCCCUGCCGAGCUACACGAUCGUAUCCGGUCUGCCCAGCUACAACGACGCGAUUGAGCAACUCAAGCAGAGGCAACAGCAGCAGCAACAACAGAAAUACGCCGGAUACGAACCGGUUAAAGUCCAUCGGCCAUCGGUGAUCAAACUGUUCGAAUCGCAGUCCCAGGAUUUGCUCGGAGGUGGUGCCAAGCUAGAGGAAAUUCGAUACAAUUUCUUGGGCAAUCGUCCGUCGGCGGCGAAUGCGGUUACGGCCGCCGCUGAGAAUUCCAACGAAAUCAUUCCAACGACGAGUAACGGUGGGUCGAUUCCGACAAUGGUGGUUCCCAGCUGUAAGAACCAAUCGGUGACGGUGGUAGUUGAAGACGCGGGUGAGGCCACUUCGGCCAAAAAAGUUAACAUUGUCAGGCAUACGCUGGAGAAUGAACGCAGUAGUGGUCUAGGGAGUUAAGUUCUUACAGAAAGUUCACUUAUUCCUAGAGGGAACCGUUCUCGAACGAAACUAUGACUGUGUUAUUACUAAUUAAUUUAUUCUGUUAGAAUUAGACAUUGUAGAUAGCGAAGCUAUACAAGAACAUUCCGCCAGUUUUAUCAUUAGUCAAGAAUAUGCCUGAAAACGUUUAUCUUAGUUAUGCCGUGUCCAAUACUGAUAUGAAAAUAAUGAAUUAAAUCAAAGACGUGAAUGUUGAAAAGAACAUUUCAAUUACUAUCA